AUGGCUCAUAAGCAGAUCUAUUAUUCAGAUAAAUACUUCAAUGAGAACUACGAAUACCAGCAUGUGAUGUUGCCAAGAGAGCUCUCAAAGCAAGUACCAAAAACACAUCUAAUGACUGAGGAAGAAUGGAGAAGGCUUUGUGUUCAGCAGAGUCUUGCCUGGGUCCAUUAUAUGAUUCAUGAACCAGAGCCACAUAUCCUUCUUUUUAGAAGACCACUUCCAAAAGGCCAACAAAAAUAA